GCCACGGCUCCUCCUCCGCGGGCAGCCCCGCGCCGCCCACGCCCGCGGGAUGCCGCCCCGCCGCCGAGCCCACGGAGGUGUGGCCGGCAGAGGCUGAGCGCCGCGCGCGAGCAGGCAGGAGGAACCUCAUGUCUUGUUGGGGAUUAAGAAAAGGCACAUGUUUCAGAGUGAGCUGCCAUUUUUCAUGGACCUCGCCUGAUUUCUGCAACCCCCCAUCGCAAUUUUGGAGCUGUUACAGCAAAAUAUUGUUCUGAAACUGUUAUCUGCCAGCCUUGGAGUCAUUCCAAGCCACCAAAUGUUAAGCUUCCUCAGGAUCCCGGAGUACCCUGAUUUUGUGGAGGCUGGAAAAAUAGACAGUGAGCUUGGCUAGCUCUGAAGGGUGUAAGUUUACAGCAAGUGAGUCCGUGUGAGUCAAUGGAGAGCCUGUGAGACUGACCAGACUGGCAUACUGAAGACCUCUGUUCCCAAAACCGCUGUCACCUGGGGAGCAGCAUGGCACCAUAACUGAAUUUCAGUUAGCUGGAUCAUGGAUUUCAAUUCAAGUCUUGGCUUCCUUCAGGGAAACAAAGCCCCAUGAAGAAACUCAUCUGAAGACAAUGGUGCUGUGACAGUCAACACCAUCUUUCUAAUUGGAACUAUGGAAAUUGUAGAGGGCUGCCGGCAUUCUCACCCUCAGCUGGUGUCCAAUGGAUACAUGAAAAAGGUUUUUCAAGCAAAUCCAGAGAGGAGCACUGAAGUAUUAAAGAUUUGUGAUAUUGAGCCAUGCAACUUUAGUGGCAGCAACCAAAAUGAAAAGGAAGAGGCAGCCAGGUAUAAAAAGAAAACCAAGGGCAGCCGGAUAUGGAAUUUUGUUAGUCGAAAAAAAGGUUCCUCCAUGCAUAACAAAAGGCCUCAGUCCAUGAUCUUGUUAGGAGAUACCUCAGAGACUUUAGAGGAAAAACACAAGCUGUCUUUUAUGGAGAGGGUUAGGUCCUUUAAAAAACUGAGAUCUUCCAGUAUGUCUAAGAAUGUGGAUUUGAGAGCAUCCAGAGCAAAGGUUGCCUGCAUUCCUGAAGAGGACCAACUAGACAAUGGGCAAAGAGCAAUCUACAGGACUAAGAAACUGUCUGACAGUCAGAGGCCUUUCCGUCAUUCAUAUGCAGGGUACAUUGAGGAUUUGGAUUCUUCUUUUGAAGACGUAGAGUUAAACAUCAGCAUUCCAGAAAUCAAUGCCAAUGAAAAUAAAUGGCUCAGGGAUAUCAAUGUCAGAAUACACGGUGAAGAUAAUGACAAUAACUGCCAUAAGAUGAGGUCUAGAAGGAGCGAGUCUCUGAAUUUUGAAAACUUUAAGAGUUCUGUGAUUACAGAAGGGGACAAUCAAAAGAGGUGUCUUAUGCUCCCACAGGAAAGCAGAAAAGGAAAAAGCUCUGAUGUCUGGAACUAUCUGAAAGGAAUUUCAUUAACUAGCAGAGAUAAUUCAAAGCUACUAGAUCAAAGGGUUGAAACCAAUUUCCAGAACUUAGAAAAUAUAACUGAUAAUUCUGCUUCUCAUUUUGACUUUGAUAUGAGAUGUGAGCAGAAUCUUAGCCAGCCUAAAAAAUCAAACAAUUCAAUGAAAGCGGGUCAUUUUGGUGGCGUCCUAAAGUUCUUUAACAGCAUGGCUGAUGCUGCUAGAAAGUGGCGAGCCUCUUCAAGGCCAUUUUCCCAGGAGGAGAAAGGAUCUCAGUCAAAUUUCAGAAGCCAGAGGCAGGACGCCUCCUCCCACAAAGAGUCUUUGGUUUUUGAGAAUGAAAAUGCCAGGGAAUUCUCUUCAACAGGAAUACCUUUAUGGUCUGCGGACGCUGAGGUCUGGGAUCAUCAUAAUUCUGAAAGUUCAACACAGAAAAAGCUACCCCAGUUGGAUGUAAAUGCAGAAGUAUUCCAAGACGUUAGCUGCUCUGCUCCAGGCAGUCAGAAUAAUAGUUUUACUGAAAUAUCCCUCUCUCACCUUGGGCCAGUUCCACCUACCUCCCCCUUGCCUGAACUUAUGGAUGACUGUUGUACCUCACUCAACAUGCAAGGCCCAUCUAUGCCUCUGGCUAAAUUAGAUGCUAAGGACCUGGGCAGCCCUCCAGCAGAUGUUCAAGAUCUUUGCCAUAAAAACAUAGACACCCAGGAUUUGGGAAAUAUUGAGGUAUGCUUGAAAGACUUGUCUGAAACUGUCCUGGAUGCCCAGGAAUUAAGCAGUGCUUCAGAGGAUGCCUGGGAGCCAAGUGAUCAUGAUGAUUCUCUAGUGCCAAGUGAUAAUGAAGUUGCCUUGGGGCUGAUCAGUGAUGAGGAUGUCUAUGAGCCAAGUAGUGUUCCAGAUGAUGUGCAGGAUCUUUCCAAGAGUAAUCUGGGUGCUCAAGACCUGGGCAGUGCUAUGUGGGAUCUCUCGACAUCUACUCUUUUAAAAUAUGGAAAAGGCAAUGAGCAAGUGGUAGAACCAGAGGACACCCCUACCAGAAAGCAUGAAACAGUUUCAGCUGGAGAGCAAAAUUCCAUUGAGGGACCAGACAGAGUGGACCACUUUGAGUGCAAUGAAACGUGCCAUCAGCUCAAACUGAACCUUUGUACAAUUGUCUCCUUUGGUGAACUCAAUAAUGGAAAGCCUCUGUGUCAUCCUCUUCAUCCCUCACCACAAGCACCUCCUUUUAAAAUCUUGUUGGACAGAUGUCGCUCCUUACCCCUUUCCCAGAGCAUACCUAUGGGGUUGGAUCAACUGGGCUGGAGGCGACGUCUGUUACUGAGCACUGGUGCUGAGAACGACCUGGGUUCAAAGACUCUGGAGGUGCGCAGAGACUGCAGGAAUGGCAGAAGGAGAUGGAAGCCCCUGAAGCCUGGAGCUGAGCAGCUGCUAGUCGAUAAACUGAUCAGUGGUGGUUCUAUUGUCAGUGCUGAGGCAGUAUGGGAUCACGUCACCAUGGCCAACCGGGAGUUGGCAUUUAAAGCAGGAGACGUUAUCAAGGUCCUGGAUGCUUCCAACAAGGACUGGUGGUGGGGUCAGAUUGAUGAUGAAGAAGGAUGGUUUCCCGCCAGCUUCGUAAGGCUAUGGGUGAACCAAGAAGACGGAGUAGAGGAAGGAACCAGCGAAGUACAGAAUGGCCAUUUGGAUCCAAGUGCCGACUGCCUCUGCCUUGGCAGAACCCUUCAGAACCGAGACCAGAUGAGAGCUAAUGUAAUCAAUGAAAUCAUGAGCACAGAGCGCCACUAUAUCAAGCACCUCAAGGACAUUUGUGAGGGUUAUUUAAAGCAGUGCCGGAAGAGGAGAGACAUGUUCAGCGAUGAGCAGUUGAAGGUCAUAUUUGGCAACAUUGAAGAUAUCUAUAGGUUUCAGAUGGGUUUUGUCCGGGACUUGGAGAAACAGUAUAACAAUGAGGACCCCCACCUCAGUGAAAUUGGACCUUGCUUCCUAGAACAUCAAGACGGGUUCUGGAUCUACUCAGAGUACUGUAACAAUCACUUGGAUGCAUGCAUGGAGCUCUCCAAGCUGAUGAAAGAUGGCAGGUACCAGCAUUUCUUUGAAGCGUGUCGUCUGUUGCAGCAGAUGAUUGAUAUUGCCAUAGAUGGUUUCCUUUUGACACCAGUGCAGAAGAUCUGCAAAUACCCCUUGCAGCUGGCAGAGUUACUGAAGUACACCGCACAGGAUCACAGUGACUACAGGUACGUGGCUGCUGCACUUGCAGUCAUGAGAAACGUGACUCAACAGAUCAAUGAGCGAAAACGGAGACUGGAGAACAUUGACAAGAUAGCUCAGUGGCAGGCCUCAGUCCUGGACUGGGAGGGAGAUGACAUCCUGGAUCGGAGCUCCGAGUUAAUUUACACAGGGGAGAUGUCCUGGAUUUACCAGCCGUAUGGACGGAACCAGCAACGCGUUUUCUUCCUCUUCGAUCACCAGCUGGUUCUCUGCAAAAAGGACCUGAUACGAAGAGAUAUCCUAUACUACAAAGGUCGCAUUGACAUGGAUAAAUAUGAGGUGGUGGAUAUAGAAGAUGGGAGAGAUGAUGACUUCAACGUCAGCAUGAAGAAUGCCUUUAAACUUCAUAACAAGGAGACUGAUGAAAUGCACUUAUUCUUUGCCAAGAAGCUGGAAGAGAAAUUGCGAUGGCUGAGAGCUUUCAGAGAAGAAAGGAAGAUGGUACAAGAAGAUGAAAAGAUAGGCUUUGAAAUUUCUGAAAAUCAAAAGCGACAAGCGGCAAUGACAGUAAGGAAAGUCAGUAAGCAAAAAGGUGUCAGCUACUCCAGGUCGGUUCCUCCAGCCUACCCGCCACCCCAGGAUCCAUUAAAUCAGGGACAAUACAUGGUGACAGAUGGCAUAUCCCAGUCCCAGGUCUUCGAAUUCACCGAACCCAAACGCAGUCAGUCACCAUUCUGGCAAAACUUCAGCAGGACAUGCAAGAAUUGUCUGGAUGGGGCGCCAGUAUGUCAGGAUAGCAGACACACCAGAAUCAGCACCAGCCUCUACAGUCCCAGUUCAACAUCCUCCAAUGCAAAACAAUGCAUGAGCGAUUACUUCAUAAAGAAAACAUAAGAGUCCUGAAGAGGUGCUUCGAACAUGGACAUCUGGUUCUGAAGUAGACAUCACUCCCUGCCACCCCACCCCCUGCCCUUCUGCCAGAGAAGAAAGUUGUUAACAGGAUUUUGGGAAAAGAGGAAAAAAAGGGAUACAUGUGGCUCUAAUUCUUAUUCUGUCUGUGGUCCCAAUUGUUGUAGUGUACUAGUGCCUCACAAUUUUCUAUUUAUUAUCCUCACAACCCCUGUGAGGCAGGGAUUCUCUGUUCUCUCUGUUUUACAGAAUGGGAGCUAAGGGGGCAGAUUUUCAAAGGCAUUUAGGCACCUGGCAAGACUUUUGGAAGAGUCUAGGUGCCUAGUUCCCAUUUAACUCGAUGGGAGUUGGAUUUCAAUGGAAAUUAAUUGCCUUUGAGAAUCUGCAUUUAAGUGACUUGACCAAGGUCACACAGAAGGUCCACAGAAGAGCAAGGAAUUGAGUGUUCCACCCUGGUCUUCUAAGUUGCAAAUUAACAUCCUAAUCAUUCUGUUAUCCGCUCGCCAUUACUGAUAGGACAGUCACUUCUAUAAUGGAGUUUAUGGGUACAUCUUGGCUUUAUUUACCUUUAUAACAGUUGAGAAGCAUUUCUUUGGAUAUGAUUUGUCAAGCUAUGCAGUAGAACAUGUACUGAUAUGGUGUUGUGUAUAAACGAAUCUGAUCUGCACAGCAUUGAGGUUCACGGGAGCUUUUCCAUUGGUUUCAAAGGGAGAGGGAUUGUGCCUUUAGCAAAAUCUGCCCUAAACAGUCAUGCAUAAGGGUCUACGGAACAAAAUGUCUUAUGGUAGCAGAGUGGGAACCCCUAACUCACGUAGAAUGGGACAGAAGAAUGUUUUGCAAUGAGGUGUCUCAUUUUAAUCAAUGGGACUUCACAAAACUAGGUAGUCAGUGCAACUAGAGCAUGCGGUGACAGAAUCAAGCCCGUGGUGAAGAUUGGGCCAGAUUCUUCUUUCAGGUACAACUAGUAUAAACUGGAGAAACUCCCUUGACUACACCAGCGUUACUCCAGAUUUAUACCAGAUAUAACUGAACACAGAAUUUGACUCAUGCUUUAACUAAUGCUUGGAACAACAACAUUGGUGCAGUGACCUGGUAAAUACUUGAAGGUACUUUGAUGUGGUCAUUUUAAGCCUAGGACUUUUCUACUGAAUAUACCAUUAUUGGUGCAGGGUGGAUUGGUUGAUGCUACACUGUGUUUUCUGUAGAUGGUAUUUUCAUUAACUUCAACAGGAGUGGUAGUCCAGUACAGAAUUUGCCAUUUCCGUCUGAAUGCCGGAUUGCUCCAAACAGAUGGUAGGGUUCCCUUAUGUAUAGCAAUGGAAGAAAAGGUUUAGCUUUCCAUUUCUCAUGGCAGAUUUCAAACGGAGAAGGUUGAAAAUGAGAUGGGUUUAUCUAUUCUACUUCAGCUGAUCCUGCUUAUUGCGUCUGCUACAAGGUGUCUAAUUCUGGAGUUGAUUUAAUCAGGAAUGGUGCUUGACACUGGAAAAACAGAGUAGCCUAGCAAAAUAUGAGAAAUCCAGAGAUCAUAUGAACAAGUAUCAUACCUGGAGAGAUAGAAUUUAGUUUGAAACAGGACUGUACAAAGAAGAGAGAAUUAAAAGAAACAGUGCCAAAUUAGCUCUCUGAUGGAGCCCUGGCAAGCUGAUUUGGAAAGACUUUUUAUCUCACCAGACUCCAUGGAAUAAAAGAAACAUUCCCUCACAGGAUUCACCAGACAAGCUCUAUUCAUCCCACAAUAGGAAGUUUUUGAGAGUUGUGGAGUUUCUUCGGACAUGCGGUCUGAGGAUUCUGAGGAUAGAAGAACAUCUUCAACAAAUUACCUCAAAAAAGUCAUGAUCAUUACCUGGGUGAAUAUACACUGAAAAUAUUCAAAUUCUUGGGAACAUGAUCAACAAGGAAAUUAUUUCUGCUUUGAAACCUGCCAAGAGUUAUCCUAUUACACUUGACUGCAUCUAAGCCAUCAGUAAACAAGAGCAAAUGCCACUGAUUGUUAGAUCUGUUUCUGUGGAAGACGCAAUGGAAACCAGGCAGAGAGACAAUCCAAAAACACUUUGUUGGGUUUUUGAGCGUGACAUACUCCACUGACAGUAGAAUGAUAGAACCUCUUCUUGAACAGUCAAAAGAAAUGGAGAUUUCAUUCAGUGAUCUGAGUGGUCAAGGCUAUGGUAGUGGGACAACUAUGAAAGGCAAACAGUGGAGAGAAUCUGGGACUUUAGCAAGAGAGCAUUUUUUUUGGUCCUGAACAAUGUGCUUUCUUUUAAUCUUGUAUUCAACAUUGGUGCAAGUUAUUGCAUUGAAGCUGCAGUACUUUUUUAUAUGGAUCAAAGCAUUUGGGGGGGUUUCCACAGUCUCACAGUAACUUUAGGAUGUUAUGCACCAACAUGCGAUUAACCUAUUUCCAAAACUUUUAAGUGAAACAACAAGGGAUAGCCAAAUUGAUGGGAUCCAUGUAUUUUGGUGCCAACUUUCAGAAGUCUAUGAUAUUUCAUUAUCCAUUGCCAAGAGUUUAAACCUAAAGGGACCCACAGCAGCCAAAACUCAAAGCAAUACUGCAUUGUUGGCUCACAAAAUCUGUGAUUUGAAAUCUUUGCACAGUGUGGUACUUCAGUAUGAUAUGCCCUAUGAAGGCAGCACCACCCAUAAAAUGCUUAAGACAGCAAUGUAAAUUCUGAUCAAACUAUGACUUGAAGGAUUUCCUUGUAAACUACCACUGUGAUAAAGGACUCACAUGCAUCCUUACUGAUGCUAAGAAACUGGCCAAUGAGCUGGAAAUUGAAGCUUUCCACAAGAAAAAUCAAACAGAGUAUGAACCCAAAAAAGUGAGUGUUUGAUUAUGAGGCCAGAGAUGAACCACUAACUAAUCUAGGAAACAACUGUAAAGUAAUUUUUCUUCUGUUAUGUUUAAGAUACUGUCAUUGGUCACUUGAAGAGCACCACAAGCUGCUUGCCAAGGUGAGGGAGAGGGUUGCUAUUAUUUCUCUAAAACAUCAAAGGUGCCCUGCAAAGAAUUGCAACAGUCAUGCUUUGUUUUAAGAAGGGCAUUAGAUGAUGAUCAGCUUGGUGCAGCAACAUCCUCUCACAUUAAUGCCCUGGAUCUUUGCAGUGGAUUUCAAGGUCUUGGCAGACAGCUGAAACCUAGAAUAAGCCCAAAAGUCACAUUGGAGUUUCUAUGCAAAAAUAAGUUUUUGUCCUCAUUUCCAAAGAUAUCUAUUGCCAUCAAGAUUCUGAGAAUGUUGGCUGUGUCUGUCUGAAGUGGAGAGCAGCUUUCAGAAACGUAGAAAGAUAUACCUGCAUUCUGUGAUGGCUCGGUCUUGCCUUGUGUGCCUUGCUUUAAUUUCAAUUGAAAGCCAAACUUCAGGGAGUAGUUUCCUGUGCAGACAUCCCUUUACACAUCUUUGUGUUCUCCCAAUUCUGGACCAGCAGGUUUAACCUCUAGCUUAUUUUAGUAUAAUCUAAGAACUACUCUAAACAUAUGUCUGUGUGGCAAAAUAAAGGUUGAUCACAACAUGUGGUAAUAUAUCUAGCUAGCAUGGGUAAGGAUAGCAGUAAAGACCCAGCAGCAUGUGCUUUAGCACAAGUUAGCAACCACAGGGUCUCUGAAGAGCUUAUAACCUGGUAUUAGCACAUAUUUAAAGUCUAUGCUGCUGCAUCCUCACUGCUAUGUUACUCAUGCCAGCUUGGUAGGUAAGUACAAGCUAUGGUCAGGUCAUGCCUUCAUUUUGCUGUGUAGACAUGCUAUAAACUGUUUCAUUGACUAGUGGUCACCAAAUGCCCUGCUCCACAUGCCCAACUGUGCCCAGCUGUGGCUGUAGGUGAUGAAGAUGAAGUGCCAAAAGGCCAUUUAAGAAUUCCUACAUGAGGGAAAGUCUGGAAGAGAAGGAGUUGGGGUAUCUGAACCAAAUGAGCUGGACAGGUGGGGAAGGCAGAAGAAUCAGAGAGAAAAGUAAAGAAAUGAGCAGGGAAGAGAGACUAGUUAAGUAAGAGGAGAAGACAGAUGGGAGGAAUGGCAAGCUGACUUGUCCAUGGUCUGGGUGGGCAAACUUGCUACUAGGCAAAGCUUGAUUCUAAUCUCACACUUCUGUAUAUCCAGUUACUCCAGCGAGGGAAGCCUAGUUCAACCACUACAAAAAUCCUAGUGCAACUAGAUUUGAGUGAGCUGAGAACUGAAUUUGCAGCACUGCUACACAAACCAAGUUCAAAACUCCCAUGGACAUCAAUGGAAGCAAUGGGUGGUGGGGCGCAUGUACAGAACAAGCCCGUGAGAUCUGCACUGUACUUCAAUUACUAGACCCAGGAAAGGACAUCAGGGUUCCUAGCUACUAGUCCCAGGCCUGCCACUAGUUUGCAUGAUGACCCUGGGCAAGUCAUCAAAGGCCUCAUGCUAGAUUAAAGAAUGACUCCAGCUCCCACUGACAUAGCUACAAGUUGUGAUGCUCACUUCCUCUGCCAAUAGGCCAUGAGUAUUUUUUCCUGCCUCUGUUUACAUUAUCUGCCCUCCCUUCCACCCCUACCCCCCCUCCUGCCCCCAGCCCCUGGCUCCACUACCUACCUCAUGGGAAAGUCAAGAGGCUUUAAGAAAUGGCACAUCAAAUUUGACAAUGGAUAUAUCAGGUUUUAAGGCCCUCUGAAAUCCCCUGGAUGAGUUGAUUUGGGCCCAUUUGCUUUGUCUGGCCUCUGCAGAGUAAUAGGAGAGAUGAAAGUACCAAAUCAUAGAACUGCAUUGUUGGGAAGGGCUUCAUAAGCCAGCUAAUCCAACCACCUGCAAAAGUGUAGGAUUCAUUUUCAAUUAACUGGAAUGCCAAGACAUCUUUAUUUAAACUUAGAGCUGCUGCUUGGGAGAAGGAAUGAGUUGGCUGGAAUGUGGAUUUCUUUUGUAACAUUAAAUAAUUGACAGUGCUGACAGUGUGGGGCACCCUGCAUUGUGCUAAAAUCAGCAGAAAUAAUUGAGAGUUUGUAUGCACAAGAGUUUUACCAAAUCUGUGACCAUUGGAAAUAUCUUUGUGGAUUAAUUUUCUGCUAGUGGAACAGAUGUUUUAAAUAAAUAACCAUUUCCCAGCAGUGUUUGCACCCAAAUAUUGCAACACUGAGGACCUUAGCAUGAAACUGAAUCAAAAUAUACAAAACAAGAAACUAAUCUUGGUUAUUUUUGAUUGUCCAACCAAACUGAAGUGUGAGAAAUAAACAGCAGGAAUACACUGCAAAGGAAUGUUUUCAAUAUGCUAAGGUGGCAGGAAUGCUAUAAAGGUGUUUGUAUAAAAUAUAUCUAAUUGAUGCCCCUUUAAGACUGUUUCUGUCCUCAGAUUAAAGCUGCUCGUGGAGAAGUAAUUAUUAUUGGGACUCCGAGGUCAGUGUUUGGGGAGUUCAGGAUGCUAUAUUAGCGGGAAGAAACAAUUAGCAUCUUAACAGAAAGACAAGGUCAGAGGUUUAAAGAAUUAACUAAAAGGCAGUAAGUGAUCAAAGAGACUCCAGAACGCAGGCACCCAGGGCUCCAGGGUGGGAUGGGCUCAAGCUUGUCUUUGGUUCCUGUUUACAUGACAUGUCUUCUUGCUCCAUGGUCCCUGAUAGCCAUCCUGAAUAGCAGUCUAUGCAUGCACUGAUAACACCACAUUUAUGAGCUCCAACCCAUCACGGGGAGCUCCACAGAUACUGCACAUCUGGGAGCCUGCUGCAAAACAGGCCCUCAACAAACUGAAGCUUGAAAUCAGCCAACAUGCCUCCCAGACUAGAGUUUCUGCAGAGCCCCUGCACAUCAGCCUAGCAGGCAUGGCCACACAUCUCAUACGCCAAACAGUGAAUGAUAUUCAUGGGAACGCAGGCAAGGCCAUGAGGGAGCUUUUGUCUGGGAGAGCGGAACAGUGGCAUCAGCUCUAAUGAGACUAAAUGACAGCCUCCUGCUUUGCUACAUUCCCUUUUAGGCAUGUCCCUUAAUUUGAUGCAGCUCUUGUUUGUUUGUUUGUUUCCUAUUUAGCUUCAAUCUACCGUACCUCCCGUUUCUGUUCAGUUCAUUGCCUUUCUGCGGCUCAGAUAUGUGUCAUUAGUGCAUCUUGCCCAGACAGUUCCCUAAGCUACUUCCACCAACUCCCUGUACUUACCCUCUAGGCCCAGAACUGAGAUUACUAAUCCUUGAUUGUAAGAGGUGGAUUUGUAAGAGGCUCUGAUCUCUGCUUGUUCGUCUGCAUGUUGCAUGUGAAGGGCAGAAUUCUCCUUUCAGAUGCACAUAGCAAUUCUCACCUCUGUUGGCUAUUUUUGAUCCCUGCCCAGAGCUCUGGGAAUCAAGACUCGCUGCACAGAUUUGAGGGGGGAUAUUCCUGUGGGAAAUUGAGGCCCCAAACCUACCAAGAUUAAAGUGUGUGCUUAAUUUUAUGCAUGGUAGCAUGUCAGAAGGGCCCAGAGCGUAUAUAAAGUUGAGCAUGUGCGUGUGUCUUUGCACCAUCAGGUCCUUAUGUUCCUACAACUCACGUGGCUCCCCAGAGUGACACACAUCAGUCCUUUACUAUUCACCCUCACUCUUUUGCCUUUGUUGGUGUCCUCCGUGUGCUCUUCUAGCAAAUACUUGGAUGCAUAAAAUCUCCGUCUUACAAAAAAAGAAAAAUCAAACAAUUUCUUCAACCUCUUUUCUAUCAUAAAAGGGUCAGUUACUGCACUGUGGAUACCCAUAGUCUGCUUGAUAAUGACAUGUACAUAAAAUCUCAUAUGUCUCUGUGAUGUUAUACUGUUGCACAAAUAAACUUUGCUUUUGUGUAUUCAUUUUA